UCUCGUUGGGGGUUCAGUUUAAUUGUUAAAAUAUUUCUUGAGCCUUUAUUCUGUGCACCACGCUGGAUUGCCAGAGACUGGAAGGUCAAUGCCACCAUCUUAGCCCUCAGAGGGAUGGUUCAGGGCUAGCUUCAUUGAGGUGCUCUCGCUAAACAGUUACAAACACCAUGUGUCCCUCUUUCUUUCAGGCAGUAGCGGAACCCCAUGGUAGCCAGGUGGGUGAAGGGAAGCGAGGACGUUCCACCUGCCUUAAGGAAGACACCUUCUGACCUGCUGAGUGCCGGACCAGGUGGUCCCAAGAGCGUGGCCAUGGACACCAUUCACAUUAACAUGUCCAGUGCUCCCCUGGUGAAGCAUGCUGCUGGAGCUGAACUCAAGACCAACAGACCCCGAGUCAUGUCCAAAAGUGGACACAGCAAUGUGAGAAUCGACAAAGUGGAUGGCAUAUACCUGCUGUAUCUUCAGGACUUGUGGACCACUGUUAUCGACAUGAAGUGGAGAUACAAACUCACUCUGUUUGCAGCCACUUUCGUGAUGACCUGGUUCCUCUUUGGGGUGAUCUACUAUGCCAUUGCAUUUAUUCACGGGGACUUGGAGCCAAGUGUGCACACUUCCAAUCACACUCCCUGCAUCAUGAAAGUGGACUCUUUAACAGGGGCAUUCCUCUUUUCCCUGGAGUCUCAGACAACCAUUGGCUACGGAGUCCGCUCCAUCACUGAGGAAUGCCCGCACGCCAUUUUCCUGCUGGUUGCUCAGCUGGUCAUCACGACCUUGAUUGAGAUUUUCAUCACCGGCACCUUUCUGGCCAAAAUUGCAAGACCCAAAAAGCGAGCUGAGACCAUCAAGUUCAGCCACUGUGCCGUCAUCACCAAGCAGAAUGGGAAGCUCUGCUUGGUGAUCCAGGUGGCCAACAUGAGGAAGAGUCUCCUGAUCCAGUGCCAGCUCUCUGGCAAGCUCCUGCAGACGCACGUCACCAAGGAGGGGGAGCGGAUCCUUCUCAACCAAGCCACCGUCAAGUUCCACGUGGACUCCUCCUCUGAGAGCCCCUUCCUCAUUUUACCCAUGACGUUCUACCAUGUGCUGGAUGAGACAAGCCCCCUGAGAGACCUCACACCCCAAAACCUGAAAGAGAAGGAGUUUGAACUGGUGGUUCUCCUCAAUGCCACCGUAGAAUCCACCAGUGCGGUCUGCCAGAGCCGGACAUCGUACAUCCCAGAGGAGAUCUACUGGGGUUUUGAGUUUGUGCCUGUCGUUUCUCUCUCCAAAAAUGGAAAAUAUGUGGCUGAUUUCAGUCAGUUCGAACAGAUCCGGAAGAGCCCAGACUGUACCUUCUACUGUGCGGAUUCAGAGAAGCAGAAACUUGAGGAAAAGUACAGGCAGGAAGAUCAGAGAGAAAGAGAACUGAGGACACUUUUGCUACAACAGAGCAAUGUCUGAUCUCAGUGGUGCCAUCUUGGUUUGACUCUGUGAGCUUUCUCCCAGUCAGAACUCCCUUCAAACACAAAGGAAAAAUGUCAAUGUGUGAACACACUCUAAAAAACUGCACAGACGUAUGAAAUCAAUCUUGUCCUUUGAUCUGGUGCCCAAAAAAAGCCUUUCCAUGUUUUGUUUUUUUUUUCUUUUUGGGCGGGGGGUGGGGGAGCUCCUUAAAUGCUUAAAGUGAAUGCUCAAAAAUUCAAAUUUCUGAUAAUGGGGCUGCGUUUAGAAAAACUUGGUGUCGGGCAGUUGAAAUAAUGUCUUGCUGGAUGGACAGACCUUAAGCAAAGCCAAUACUGAAAGGAAAUACAUUCCUACUCAAGAACAUUAGCUAUAGUAUAAGGUCUUUAUUUAAUCCCAAGAUCAAAGACACUAUGGCCAAAGGUUGAAAUGUGGUUCAGUAUUCACUUAUACCAUUGCUUUAGAACCUAUUUUUAAAUAGAGAAAAUGUACAUUUGGUAAUGCUUAAAAAAGGUGGAGAGGGGACUCAUACGCACAGAAAAUAAUAAUUGAAUUUUUACUAUUCUUCAGUGGGCUGAAUUGUACAAAGUGAAGUGGAUCAAAUCAGGAAUUAAUAAUUCUGAAAACAAUACAAAUGGAGCUAUGUUUUUGUUCAUACUAAUUUUUUUCUUAAUUGACGUGUACUAACUAACCCAGUUGCCAUCAAGUGGAUUAUGACUCAUGGUGACCCCAUGCAUUUCAGAGUAGAACUGUGCUCCAUAAGUUGUCCAGUGGCUGAUUUUCCCCAAAACAGAUUGCUAGGCCUUUCUUCCCCUAGGUGGACUCAAGCCACCAGCCUUUUGGUUAGCACCCGAGUACAUUAACCGUCUGCGCCACCCGGGGAAUCCUGAAAUGUACUAGCCCCUUUCUAUUCUAAAUGUGCUUCACAGACCAGCAACAUCAGCAGCAUCUGGGAGCUUGUUAAAGACACAGAACCUCAGCCCCAACCAGACCUACCGAAUCAGAGUCUGUGUCUUAAUAAGAUCCUCAGGUGAUUCGCGUGCACAUCGAAGUACAAGAAGUUCCGCUCUGGACAGUAUUUU